UUCCACCAGGCGUCUUCAUCAGAGGACAAACAAGCCUCGGCUCUGUGCUGCAAACAGACAAAUUUCAGGCCAAACUGAACCCAGUUUUUAAUUCACGCUUGUCCACAUCUGCUCCGCUCUGAGGACAAACUUUCUGUUUCUGUGUUUUAGAAGAGAAAACGACAGGAGUCGGUGUGGAUCUACCAGCUUCACGCUGAGAUGAGAUCAGCCUUUGUCUUCUCUGAACUUCCUGGCUCACUUUACUCAUCAGGACCCCAAAAAGGAUAAAGGUACAGAGAAACACCUGGAGUGUUAAUCAGUCUUCCCUGCACACCGGGAGCGAUCAUCAUGGGGUCCAACAGCUCAAAGCGUCUGAGGCAGAAAACAUUUGAAGGUCCCAAAAGACCAGAACAGCGAAAGGAAUUUCCUUCUGCUGUGACACUGGUACAACCUCACCCGAGUGAGGAGAAGUUAUUCAAGGAGCUGCAACACGUGGGGCUAAACUAUGACUGGCUCCUUCAGGGGCACCAAAGUCCCGAAGCUGAAAAAGUACUACAACCGCCGCCAAAUAUUCCACAAGUUAAAACGCAAGAGGAAAAAGGCACGCAAACAGACAGGAGAAGUCUUCUGAAAGAGUCGCCUGCAGAAAAAGGCACGCAAACGGACAGGAGAAGUCUUCUGAAAGAGUCGCCUGUCGCGACCAGGUCUACGGCAGAAAAGGAGAGCAGCGGCAGAGAACUUGUGGAUGGCAUAAAGGCUGUAUGGACCCCAGGCGAGCUCUACGGUCUUUUAAGAGAUGCUCCUGACCCCAUCAAAACACCCAGCGACUUCCACAGGUGGCUGCGUUUCACCUGCAUGGUGUAUCAGCCGUCUCCUGCUGAGCUCAAAAAGUUGCUGAAGUUAGUUUAUAACCACAAGUGGGAAAACGUGAAGGAACAUUUUGACUGGCCAGGAGUGGAUGGCGAGGCCAGGUGGCGACGCACUUGUGAUAUGACAGCAUGGCUCGACACACAGUGCGCCACCUCGAUUAAAAACACAGCCUGGAAUGACCCUGAAUUUGUGCCCCCUUGGAUGAUUCUUCAGAAACCUGGAGAGUCGGUGGCAGAUUUCACUGAACGUUUCCACCGACUGUGGAAUUCCACUAUGAGUGAAGCAAAUGUUUUUAUGUUUAAUCUUUACCUUGUAAAUAAGUUGCAGCCUCACGUGGCGAAGCUUUUGAAGGAUCAUGUUGAGUGGGAAACUUUUACUUUUUCCAAGAUCAAAUUUAUUUUAGAAAACAUGGAAUUAAAGGGCAUGUUUAACUCAAAACAUCAGCCAUCUGUAACUCAUCCGGAAGACUGGAGAUCAGAUCUGUUGGCACUGCCAGAGCCACCUCGAAGCAGCCAGACACGCAGGAAUAAGAGAAAAGAUCGCUGCUUUUACUGCAGCAAGUUUGGACACUGGGCCAGGGAGUGCAGAGCCCGACGUCAGGAGGACUCACUCGAGUACAGUUCACAAUGGAUUGUACUCGAGUGAGCAACUGAGCUGAACUGAAAAAAGUAACACACAAAGAUCUCAUUUUCAUACAAACAUGUCACUAGGGUAGCUUUGUAUGAUUGACAGUUCAAAAUAAUCCUCAUGGACUGACCACAUUAUAAAGUUAGCUUUGAGUGAGAGAGGAGCUCAAACAGCUUCUCCUAAACUGGACCCCUGCACCGUGUUUGUGCUGUUGGAGCCUUGUGGAGCAUUUUUAAUGACAUCAUGUGACCAAUAAUAUGGCUGCUGUGAGGUCACUGUACUAACAGACCAUCCAAGGAGGCGGAGCUCCAGUUUGAAACUUUAGUAAACAGAUGCAAUUUGGCAAUCAAACAAGGAGUGCUGGAUGAUACCUCAGCACACUCCUGGUACAAACAAACAACGACUGUGAAAAGAAUAAUGAUGAAGCUUGAAGCUGAAAACAAAGGGUGACAUCAUAGUCGCUACAUCCAGGUUUACUGGGUUUAGGAUUUCUGCAUCAAGGUCCAGCAGAAGGUAAAGAAGGAUUAUUUUUAAUAGUGACUCAUGCAAAGCUGCUCUAGGCUGAAAUAAUAAAAAUAUGAAAUGAUCUGAAUAGGUCCAUCUCAAGUUCACUUAAGGAAGCACAGGAUCAUUUCAGGCAGUGUUUUUAGUUUGACUUCAGUCGAAUAAAAUAUAUUUGAAGGCCUAGUUUCAGUUCACUGUGAUUGUGAGAGCUCACUGCUGUAUUUCACGUCCGACUGUGACCUGCAGUGAAACGCUGCAGAACAGAUUUUGGAGAGAUUUUCUCAUUUGGAAAACAAAAAGUCAAGGACAGAACGCUGGAAAAAAUACAGCUGCAGAUCACAAUGUUCUACAAAUAAGAGAAGCGGUGACAGCUCGGUGAGUCUCAAUCCUGCUCAGCUGCAGCUCCUGAAAGUGCUCGUCGUCAGAUUUCUAAAUCUUUCAUUUUGUCUUGAAUAUUUUUGUAGUUUUGGUGGUUUAAACUGGAAAAUGAAUUUCUGCUUUGCACCAUAAUCAGAAAUCUUUUACACUUUUUGAUGUUUUAAAUUCUUUUGAUAGCUGACUCUGACUUUUGAUGUUUUCUUUUUUGUCGUAUCCUAUUAUUUCAUAUUUUUGGUCUCAUUAUUUCUCAUUCUUAACUUUGAUUAUUAUAUUGAAUGGCUGGUGCUCUUGUCUGAGAUAGACUGUGUUAUCAGCUGAUUAGUAUGAGGCUUUUGCUUAUGGAUGGUGUAUUGUACUUUUAAUCUGCACUGAAGCUUUAAUUACAUGUAUGCUCACAUUUUUCAUUUGCAAUAAAAUCACUGAAAAGGC